GUAAAUUAUUGUUUAAUAUAUUGGAUCAUUUGAAUGAGAUUGAAAUAACUGGUUAGAGCUACACUGUUAUAUUGUUUUGUACAUAUUUUCUUUCUUUUUUCCAAUAUAAAGGCUUUUAUUCCUUUAUCAAUAUUCUUCAUUCAUUAAUUCAUAUAUUGAUAAAAUUUUUAAUAUACUAAAAAUCAUAUAUAAACCCUUUUCGUUUACUUGAUUGUUAUUCCUAAUUUUCUGGGGAUCAUAAACACAAAAUCAGUAUAAAAUUAUUAAAAAAAAUAAAUUUUGCAACAUUUUCAUCAUGUCACUUAGAUCAUUUCCUUCAAAUUCCUCAAUCAACAGCGUCGUUAGUAACGGCUGGGUAGUUCAAAAAUUCGGUGGGACUAGUGUUGGUAAAUUUCCUGAAAAGAUUGCUGAUGAUAUUAUCAAAUUAUACUCAUACACAAAUAAAGUUGCAGUGGUUUGCUCAGCAAGAUCAUCAACUAUUAAAACCGAAGGUACAACUUCAAGGUUACUAUUAGCUGCCAAUUAUUCAAUCGAAAACAAAGAUUAUAAAAAAAUCAUAGAUUUGGUCUUGAAAGACCAUUUCAAUAACGCAAAUAAAAAAAUCGUCAACAAUGCUGAAAUAAGGAAAGAACUAAUCGAACAAACAAAAUCAGAAUGUGAUCAAGUAUUAAAACUAUUACAUGCCUCAACUGUUAUUGGCGAACUCUCUUCAAAGACUUUGGAUAGUAUUAUAGCUUUGGGUGAAAAAUUAAGUUGUUUAUUUAUCUCAGCCUUAUUGAACGAUAGAGGUGUUAAUGCUCAGUAUAUUGAUUUGUCAACAAUUCUUUUAAAUUCAAAUAACAAUAACGGCAGUAAUUCCAGCAUCUCCAAUUACUCCAAUGGUAACAAAUUCAAUGAUGACUUUUCAUUAGAUCAAGAUUUUUACAAUAAUUUAGCUAAAAAAUUAGCAAAUAAAAUAAAGUUUUUACCUGAUGGUGUCGUUCCUGUGUUGACCGGAUAUUUUGGUCCAGUCCCUGGUGGACUAUUAAAUGGUAUUGGAAGAGGUUAUACUGAUUUAUGCGCAGCCUUGGUAGCUGUUGGGGUCUAUGCUGAUGAACUACAAAUCUGGAAAGAAGUCGAUGGUAUAUUUACUGCUGAUCCAAGAAAAGUCAAAAAUGCAAGAUUAUUGGAUUCGGUCACCCCAGAAGAAGCUGCUGAAUUAACUUAUUACGGCUCAGAAGUUAUUCAUCCUUUUACAAUGGAACAAGUCAUAAAGGCUAAAAUCCCAAUUCGUAUUAAAAACGUUGAAAACCCAACUGGAAAGGGCACAAUUAUUUAUCCAGAUAAUAUAGGAAGAAAAGGUGAAUCCACACCACCUCAUCCACCAAUUGCCAGUAAUUUAAUUCCUGGCAAUUUUUUUAUCAGGACUAAAGGCCCUACUGCUGUUACAAUCAAACAUAAUAUCAUUGUCUUGAAUGUUCACUCCAAUAAGAAAAUUCUAUCCCAUGGGUUUUUAGCAAGCAUUUUCCAAACUUUGGACAAAUACAGAUUGGUAGUUGAUUUAAUUUCAACCUCAGAAGUGUACGUCUCAAUGGCAUUAUAUCAUACAUUUGACGAAGAAAAUGAAUUGAAACUCGCCAUCAGUGAAUUGACUAAAUAUGGUACUGUUGACAUAGUAAGAGAUAUGGCAAUCAUUUCAUUGGUCGGGAAACAAAUGAAACAAUUCAUUGGUAUUGCCAGUCAAAUGUUCCAAACUCUAGCAGAGCAAAACAUCAACAUUGAGAUGAUAUCCCAAGGGUCAAACGAAAUCAAUAUCAGUUGCGUUAUAAACGAAGCCGAUAGUUUGAGAGCUUUGCAAGCAAUUCACGCCAAAUUGCUUGACAGACCUACAGUGGUAGAUCAAAGGCUCGCAGCAUUGAAAUUGAGUGCAUACUAGGGACACAUUGCAGUGCUAUCCAUUCUAUUUACCAUUUUAUUUACCAUUUUAUUUACCAUCUUAUUCACCAUCUUAUUCACAUUCUUCUAUAUUUACAUAGACCACCAUAUACAUCUUAGAUAGAAACCGCUGUUCGAGCCCCUUCGGCGUCCUUUUCCACAGUUCGCAGUUAUCGACGUUUCACUUUUGAUUUCAACCCCAAAAAACAACCAGACCCAUUAU